GGUGAGUAGUGGGGUGUCGGGGCAGCCUGCCUCCCUUUUCUGCUUAGCUCGCGGCUUGUGAGGCGCGUCCAGGUGCACACAGCCCCGCGUCGGAGCUUGGCCCCCAGCGUCCCACGUCGCGCAUCUCAGGGCUUUCCCUCGGCACUCGGGACAUGGUCUCUGCGCCUCGCUGCCCCCCGCAGGCUGCCCGGGGGCUCCAGAACCCUUUGCUGGUGGAGCGCAGCCAACUGGCCAGAGGUUGGAGGCGCAGGCCAAAGUCCUUUAAUACUUGAGGUGACUCUAUCUGAAUUUUGCAGCUGCAGAAUGUGUAGUACCUUAAAAGGUUGGCAACAAUGAGUAAACCAGAAUUAAAGGAAGACAAGAUGCUGGAGGUUCAUUUUGUGGGAGAUGAUGAUGUUCUUAAUCACAUUCUUGAUAGAGAAGGAGGAGCUAAAUUAAAGAAGGAGCGAGCUCAGCUUUUGGUCAACCCCAAAAAAAUAAUAAAGAAGCCAGAAUAUGAUUUGGAGGAAGAUGACCAGGAGGUCUUAAAAGAUCAGAACUAUGUGGAAAUUAUGGGAAGAGAUGUUCAAGAAUCGUUGAAAAAUGGCUCUGCUACAGGUGGUGGAAAUAAAGUUUAUUCUUUUCAGAAUAGAAAACACUCUGAAAAGAUGGCUAAAUUAGCUUCAGAACUAGCAAAAACACCAAAAAAAAGUGUUUCAUUCAGUUUGAAGAAUGAUCCUGAGAUUAUGAUAAACGUUCCUCAAAGUAGCAAGGGCCAUUCUGCUUCAGACAAGGUUCAGCCGAAGAACAAUGACAAAAGUGAAUUUCUGUCAACAGCACCUCGUAGUCUAAGAAAAAGAUUAAUAGUUCCAAGGUCUCAUUCUGACAGUGAAAGCGAAUAUUCUGCUUCCAACUCAGAGGAUGAUGAAGGGGUUGCACAGGAACAUGAAGAGGACACUAAUGCAGUCAUAUUCAGCCAAAAGAUUCCAGCUCAGAAUAGAGUAGUUUCAGCUCCUGUUUGCAAAGAAACACCUUCUAAGAGAAUGAAAAGAGAUAAAACAAGUGACUUAGUGGAAGAGUAUUUUGAAGCUCACAGCAGUUCAAAAGUUUUAACCUCAGAUAGAACGCUGCAGAAGCUAAGGAGAGCUAAACUGGAUCAGCAAACAUUGCGUAACUUAUUGAGCAAGGUUUCCCCUUCCUUUUCUGCCGAACUUAAACAACUAAAUCAACAGUAUGAAAAAUUAUUUCAUAAAUGGAUGCUGCAAUUACACCUUGGGUUCAACAUUGUGCUUUAUGGUUUGGGUUCUAAGAGAGAUUUACUAGAAAGGUUUCGAACCACUAUGCUGCAAGAUUCCAUUCACGUUGUCAUCAAUGGCUUCUUUCCCGGAAUCAGUGUGAAAUCAGUCCUGAAUUCUAUAACAGAAGAAGUCCUCGAUCAUAUGGGUACUUUCCGCAGUAUACUGGAUCAGCUAGACUGGAUAGUAAAGAGAUUUAAAGAAGAUUCUUCUUUAGAACUCUUCCUUCUCAUCCACAAUUUGGAUAGUCAGAUGUUGAGAGGAGAGAAGAGCCAGCAAAUCAUUGGUCAGUUGUCAUCUUUGCAUAACAUUUACCUUAUAGCAUCCAUUGACCACCUCAACGCUCCUCUCAUGUGGGAUCAUGCAAAGCAGAGUCUUUUUAACUGGCUCUGGUAUGAAACUACCACAUAUAGUCCUUAUACUGAAGAAACCUCCUAUGAGAAUUCUCUUCUGGUGAAGCAGUCUGGAUCCCUGCCACUUAGCUCCCUUACUCAUGUCUUACGAAGCCUUACCCCUAAUGCAAGGGGAAUUUUCAGGCUACUAAUAAAGUACCAGCUGGACAACCAGGAUAACCCUUCUUACACUGGCCUUUCUUUUCAAGAUUUUUACCAGCAGUGUCGGGAGGCAUUCCUCGUCAAUAGUGAGCUGACACUCCGGGCCCAGUUAACUGAAUUUAGGGACCACAAGCUUAUAAGAACAAAGAAGGGAACUGAUGGAGUAGAGUAUUUAUUAAUUCCUGUUGAUAAUGGAACAUUGACUGAUUUCUUGGAAAAGGAAGAAGAGGAGGCUUGAAGCUUUCCUUUAUUCUUGAACCUCCCAUGGAAGGGUUGUACCCCAGCUGCCACUCCUAGUUGAAAGUGUUGUGUUUACAUCUGACAUUAAAUUAUUUUUCCAGCGUACAAGAUUUAAAUUUGGGAAGGGGUGGGGGAUGUCCUCAAUUAGAACUUUUGAUCGGCCUGGCUGGUACCGUCUAGUACUAUGCAGCGGUCCUCAAGUUGGAGAAAAUGUGCCUUUCAUUCAUUACCUCUCUGGAGACUUCUUGCUGGAAUGAACAGUGUGCUCAGGGACUAUUUGGAACUGGAUGUUUUUGAAAUAUUUUAUACUUAGAGAUAUUCUGAAUUUUUUGAGGGCCUUUUCACACUCCCCGAGCUGAUUGUUUGCAAGUGUGUUUGUUCCAGAGUGUGGAAGUAUCAAGACAUGGGCAUCACGUAAAUUGGCUUUGUUUGCUAUUCUGUGUGUCAGAACCAACGAGUGUAGUGGAGAAGGCAGGUCAUCUCUUACUGUUUCUAAAACAACUUAAAAGGUAUAGAUUGGGAAGAGGUGGGUGAUCCAGCUUUCUCCUUUUGGAUUGAGGCUAUGUACUUGGUGGGGGCAGGGGAGGGAAUAUAUUAUACUACUAUUCAGCUGGGAUAGUGGGAAAAACAAAGAGUAUAUAGGGUAUCUACCCAGCCUAGAAAGCACAGAACAAUACGUCAUAUAUUUGGAACAGUUAAUGUCUGUGCCAUGACCUUCAUGAUACCAGUGAGAAGCCAGGCUAGAGAAAUAAAAUCCUGAAUUACAUUUUAGUAAUUGUUUUCAAGACACAAAAAAUAAAACAUUUCAUUAUUCUUGUAUAUUGACAUAUUUUUCUUUUCCUGAAUAACAUGCAGGUGAGUAGCAUAUUAAUGGCUGGCUGUAAAUUUAAUCUUGAUUCCUCUGUCAAGUAGACCUAAAACUCACUGUAAGAUAUUUCAGUUUUUUCCUUAAAAUGAUGAUUUCAAGCCUCCUAAAUAUUUGCACGAGACUUUUUUCUUAGGAAAGAAGAAAAGGCUCACCUUGGCUACUGUUGUCAGCUUACAGUCGUCACAUACCCCCUGAAAUAUCCGACACUUGGAAAUGAAGUUCUUCCUGAAAAUAUCACUGCAAUAAAAUAUGUACUACAUCA